AUGUGUGGAUCUUCUAGCCUAGUGGCAUACUAUGUAUACACCGAGUCUAGAUGGGAGGAUGUCUAUGCCUACCUCGGUACCUACGGCUUCGCUGCGGCAGGUGGCCGUCUGGACCCCGUCUGUGUUCCCGGUCUACUCUUAGCCGGAGGUGUCAACUUCUAUGGUAACCAGGUUGGCUGGUCUUGCAACACGGUGAUCAACUAUGAAAUCGUCCUGGCCGAAGGCUCGGUUGUCGAAGCCAACAAGACCCACUCUUCUGAUCUCUUCUGGGCCCUGAAGGGAGGCAGCAGCAACUUCGAUAUCGUCACUCGGUUUGACCUAGAGAUUAUUAAGUCGGCCAAGGUCUGGCUGGCUCCCACACCGUUUCCGCGCAAUACGUGGAUCAAUUCCUCAAGGCAUGAAACUAUCAAUACUUGGAAUGGAGUCCUUGCUAACAAUAUUCAGGCUGCGGCCACGUAUGCAUCCAACAUCUCCGACCCUAAGACUCAUAUCAUGCCGGUGCUGGUUCCGGGAGACGAGCCCUUAACUUCUGUCAUCCUCUUCUACGACAGCGAGGACACCAGCUACUCCGAGAUCUUCAAGCCCUUUUACCGACAUUCCAGCUAUAAGCAGCACCCUUGA